AGCACUCACUUGCCUAGUACUGUAAUCCGAUCCUUUCUUUCUUCUUCAGUCUUUUAGUUUAACUAGCAACCAAGCUCAUAUACAAAAAAAAAAAAAAACAAACUAGCAACCAAGCUGAUUAAGCAAGGUAAGCAGAACAAGUUUGCGAUAGUGUCAAUGGCGGAGGAGGUUGUUCUUCUGGGCUUCUGGUCGAGCAUGUUCGCCAUGAGACCCAGAGUUGCUCUGGCGGAGAAGGGCGUGGAGUAUGAGUACAGAGAGGAAGACUUGCCCAACAAAACCUCACUGCUUCUGGAGAUGAACCCGAUCCACAAGAAGGUCCCAGUUCUUAUCCACAACGGCAAACCGGUCUGUGAGUCGGUCAACAUCGUCCAGUAUAUCGACGAGGCUUGGAAGGACAAAGGUCCUACUUUGCUUCCCUCCGAUCCUUACGAGAGAGCUCAGGCCAGGUUCUGGGUUGAUUACAUUGAUAAAAAGUUAUAUGAAGCUGGGAAGAGUAUAUGGUCCACAAAGGGAGAAGAACAAGAAGCAGCCAAGAAGGUUUUUCUUGAAAUCCUUAAGCUGCUGGAGGGAGAACUUGGGGACAAGACGUACUUUGGGGGAGUGAGCUUCGGGUUCGUAGACAUCAAUCUUGUCACAUUUUACUGCUGGUUUUAUACCUAUGAGACCAUCGGAAACUUCAGCAUAGAGGCAGAGUGCCCCAAACUAAUUGCAUGGUUCGAAAAGUGUAUGCUGAAGGAGAGUGUCUCCAAAACUCUUCCAGACCCAAAAAAGGUGUAUGAAUUUUGCCUUUUCUUGCAGAAGUAUUAUGGUGUGGCCUAGACAUCCAGUUGAAGAG